UCAUUAUUAUAAAGCCGCAAGUUGCUCUGUCUCUUUCCACCUUCAGCCAUUUUGACCAUGUUGGGAGCUGUGGGACGCUGCUGCACCGGGGCUCUGCAGGCUCUGAAGCCUGGAGUCCAGCCUCUGAAGGCACUCAUCGGCUCUCCGGCUGUUCUUUCGCGUAGAGACUAUGUCGCGCCUGCCGCUGCCGCCAGCGUCGCCACUGGACGCAUUGUGGCCGUUAUUGGUGCCGUUGUCGACGUCCAGUUCGAUGAGGGCCUUCCACCCAUCCUCAACGCCCUGGAAGUCGCUGACCGUGAGUCCAGGCUAGUCCUGGAGGUGGCUCAGCAUCUUGGGGAGAACACAGUGCGCACCAUUGCUAUGGAUGGUACUGAAGGUCUUGUCCGUGGACAGAAAGUGCUGGACACCGGUGCCCCGAUUAGAAUUCCAGUGGGCCCGGAGACCCUUGGCAGAAUCAUGAAUGUUAUUGGAGAGCCUAUUGAUGAGAGGGGCCCCAUUUCCACUAAGCAGACUGCCCCAAUUCACGCCGAGGCCCCAGAAUUCACUGACAUGAGUGUGGAGCAGGAGAUUCUGGUUACUGGUAUCAAAGUGGUGGACUUGCUGGCCCCUUAUGCCAAGGGAGGAAAGAUUGGUCUGUUUGGAGGUGCUGGUGUGGGCAAGACUGUCUUGAUCAUGGAGCUUAUUAACAACGUAGCCAAGGCCCAUGGUGGUUACUCUGUGUUUGCUGGUGUGGGUGAGCGAACCCGCGAGGGAAAUGACUUGUACCAUGAGAUGAUUGAGUCUGGUGUCAUCAACCUGAAGGACACCACCUCAAAGGUGGCGCUUGUGUACGGGCAAAUGAACGAGCCCCCAGGUGCUCGUGCCCGAGUGGCUCUGACUGGACUGACUGUGGCAGAGUACUUCCGUGACCAGGAAGGUCAGGAUGUGCUGCUGUUUAUUGACAACAUCUUCCGCUUCACACAGGCUGGCUCUGAGGUGUCUGCCCUGCUGGGUCGUAUCCCCUCUGCUGUGGGUUACCAGCCCACUCUGGCCACGGACAUGGGCACCAUGCAGGAGAGAAUCACCACCACCAAGAAGGGUUCAAUCACAUCUGUGCAGGCCAUUUAUGUGCCCGCUGAUGAUUUGACUGAUCCUGCUCCCGCCACCACCUUCGCUCACUUGGACGCCACCACUGUGCUGUCCCGUGCCAUUGCUGAGCUUGGUAUCUACCCUGCUGUGGAUCCUCUGGACUCUACCUCCCGUAUCAUGGACCCCAACAUUGUUGGUGCUGAGCACUAUGAUGUUGCCCGUGGUGUGCAGAAGAUCCUCCAGGACUACAAGUCCCUGCAGGAUAUCAUUGCUAUCCUGGGUAUGGAUGAGUUGUCUGAGGAGGACAAGCUGACUGUGGCCCGUGCCAGGAAAAUCCAGCGUUUCCUUUCCCAGCCCUUCCAGGUGGCUGAGGUCUUCACUGGUCAUUUAGGCAAACUUGUGCCCCUGAAGGAAACCAUCAAGGGCUUCAAGAGCAUCCUUGGAGGAGAGUAUGACGCUCUGCCAGAGCAGGCUUUCUACAUGGUUGGCCCAAUCGAGGAAGUUGUCCAGAAGGCUGAGAAGCUGGCUGAGGAGCACUCAUAAACAUCCAGACAUUCUGACGAUCGUGGGCGGGUUGGAGCACUUGGUUUGUAAAACAUGUCAAAAAACAAAUGUACCUGUCUUGUCAUCCUCAAAGUUAUAUUUAAUGUUUCCCUUGAAAGGAUGGAAUAAACGCUGUCUUUACACAAAACCGCUGGUCAACUGUAUGUUUCAGUUCAUUGCAGUUGUCAAUGUCGAAGGCACUCUGAAAGACUGUUCUCGCUUCUACCGCUAGAUGGUGCGCUUGAGUAAUUGAGUUACAAAAUGAAAUAAAACAGUGGCCCAUG